AGUGUAGAUCCAUAAACUAAAUUGGUAACAUCAGUGAUUCAACAUCACUCUCACCGUGUAACGGAUCAUCGUCGCCGAGUCUGUCGUUCACCACGAGAGACCGAGGGUAAAGUUCUUCUGGUGUGGAGAGCAAAUCCGGGACUUUUUCAGAAACAUUCUCACUGCAAAGGAGUACCUCUCAACAAUGUCUUCGUUUAUCAUUUCGGCGAGGGCAGCCGAAUCGUCCACUUCGAGUGCUCACCUCUCUACACCACCACAGUUCAAAGUUGUUGGGGUGUUACUAGCAGUCAUCUCCGGCGUUCUCAUCGGCUCCUCAUUCGUCUUUAAAAAGAAAGGUCUUCAGUCGUCCCAAGAAACUGCAGGAGAGGGGGUGGCCUAUCUGAAAUCACCGUUGUGGUGGACAGGUAUGAUCAUGAUGAUCUUAGGCGAAAUUUGCAACUUUGGGAGUUACGCUUUCAUACCCGCUAUAAUUGUUACACCGCUUGGCGCAUUGUCCGUGGUUAUAUGCGCCAUACUAUCAUCGAUUUUCCUGGAAGAGACGCUCACAUUUUUCGGGUGGAUCGGUUGCUUUCUUUGCAUCGUUGGCUCCGUGAUAAUUGCCCUGAACGGACCGCAGGAGCAGGCCGCCUCAACCAUCAGUGAAUUCCAACACCUCUUCUUAUCACUGGGUUUCAUCAUUUUCGGUUCCCUCAUUAUCCUAACUGCUUUGGUUAUCAUUUUUUUCUUUGCUCCAAAAUACGGAAAGAAGAAUAUGCUUUGGUAUAUUUUGGUGUGUAGUUUGUUUGGGGGUCUCAGCGUUAGCUGCACGCAGGGAUUGGGAAGCUCGAUUGUGACCACUGCCCGUGGUCAGAACCAAUUCAAAUAUUGGUUCAUGUAUUUCCUCAUUGGCUUUGUUGCGAUAACACUUGUGACCGAGAUUUAUUUCCUCAACUUGGCAUUGGCGCUUUUCAACACAGCAAUGGUUACUCCAACGUAUUAUGUCAUCUUUACAUUUUUCACUCUGGUCACAUCAGUCGUUCUCUAUCAAGGCCUACAUGCUACCGUAGCGCAGAUUAUAACAGUUGUAAUGGCUUUUCUUAUAAUUUGUGCUGGUAUAACGCUCCUCCAGAUGUCCAAAGUCGACCCAACGUCGUUCAGCAAUCUUGACCGGAAAACUACAUUGCUUCUGCAGGCAUCACGGCAGAACGUGGAAAAACGUGAUAAUGUCAGCGUUACCGAAGAUCCAGGGAUGGAUGCUCUCCGUGGCUCUUUCGGUGCGUUCGGAAGUAUCAUUCGGGCUAAGAGUGUUAGCCGAAUAAACACAACUGCUUCUGUUCGGAACCGUCGGAGAGGAAACGAUGUGGAGGCGGGAAUAUCAAUGUCCAGUAAUGCCGGCGCAGAUGGGCAUAAUCUCACUGAUUUGCCACGGCUACAGCUUUAUGACACGCCCAUGCCAUCGUUCAAUUCUUCGGUUCAGGAGCAUUCCUUCGAAGGUGAUCAUCCGUUGGAGGAACAAGGAGCCAGCACCCAGUCCGGUCCAAUACAGCAUCGAACGACGAUUAAGUUCAAAGAAACCGACGCAGCGUAUUACUACCACAGUCCGGGCAAAUCAGGGCCUACCAUUCACGAGAAGAGAACCCCAGGUAGAGUGGGUGCUUCGCUAAGCCGGGAAUCCUUAGAGCCAAUAUCCGAACAUGACAAAAGAAGUACCGUUCACCUGGACGCUGACGAAGCACCUCCAAUGCCGCAUGAGCGCUUUCGCUCGCCUCCCCCGACCUUGGGGCAAUCAGGUUGGCAGCAAGAAAAUGGCGCAUCUCCAAACAAACAUAGAACGAAUACUGCCUCAUCAGAGCAGGCUCUUCUCCCGUCGUUGCCACUGUCCAUCGCAAAUAUCAGCCCCAUCGCUGGCGACUCCCAUGAUGAUUUGUUGCUUUCGAGACCGACAACACCCGUUACUGAUUACAAAAACUUCCAUCCUAUCACCCCUUCCCGUUCUAUUAAUCGCAGUUAUCCAGGAGAUAAGCGGAGAACGAGCAGCGAGGACGAGAUGGAGGCACACGAGAGUCUCGUAUCGCAGGAAACGGAUGAGGAGGAUGCUGAUGAUACACAAGACACACCGACGAGAAACCGCGGCGGAGUACGACUCGUUAACAGCAAAACGUCAACUCCUAAACGAAUAUGAAGCUUCCCUGGGGAAUCGCAGGCGUGAACCAAGUGAGCAUAUUGUACGGACUUUUUACGAACUUCUUUAGAGGUUGUAUGAUGUUUUCGAAUGGACUCUUUGUUGGUAACACUGCUACAAUAUAUUUCGUUGGUGGCUAGACGAAGUCCUUUCGUUGUGGCCUAUGCAAACAAAAUAU